AAAACCUCCCGUAACAUCGGAGGUGGAGAUCUUAGGUGUGUUGUGGUGUGCGAUGAGUGUGUAGUUCAAAGUAGAGUUUUCCUUCAACACUUUUAAUCAGGUGCCAUUAAAGGAAGGAUCAUGAACAAGUUAUUCGCGCCGCUGCUUCAGCUUUCGUUGCUGGGACUCGUUUACACCUGGAAUGAUGACAGUGUGCUACUGAGGGAUGUCCAGGUGUUGACCCUUUACAAAGGUCAAUUCACCCGAGCCAGGCGUUCCCAGCCCAUCCCUCAGCUUCAGUGCGUUGGUGGCUCCGCAGGCUGCCACACAUUUGUCCCAGAGGUGGUCCAGUGUCAGAACAAAGGCUGGGACGGUGUGGACGUGCAGUGGGAGUGUAAGACUGACCUGGACAACUCGUAUCGGUUUGGUCGCAUUGAAGUGAGCUGUGAAGGCUACAACCACCCCACUGAUGCCUACGUCCUGAAGGGCUCCUGUGGACUGGAGUACACACUGGAACUGACAGAGGAGGGACGGAGGAGGACACAGGGAAACAGCUGGGGCUUCGGUGGUGGCUUCAAGGGAUUUAAGGAUCUCGGGGGCUUUGCCUCAAAUUUCUUCAGCGGUUCCCCCAGAAACAACCAGCAGCAGCAGCAGCAGCAGAGCCAUCGGAGCUCGUUCCCGUCGCGCAGCGAGUACUCAGGAGACCUGCUGGUGGUUGCUUUUCUUCUGCUGUUAGCUUUCGGCGUCUACAAGCUCUUCCUCAGUGGGAACACAACUCAGUGGGGACAGGGCGGUGAACACGCUGGCUACCCCAGAGACUUUCAGCACGGUGCCUCCGCAGGGCCUCCCCCUCCAGGAUUCAAACCCGACUUCACAGGUCACACUGGUGCCAACCCAGGUUAUGGGUUCAACAGUGACUACACACAUGGGCAACACUUCCCCAGGGGUGGACUUAAUGCUGGCAGGGGCGGCGGCGGCGGCGGUGGUUUCUGGACCGGCUUAGGGACAGGCGGGAUGCUGGGAUAUCUGUUUGGUCGACAGAGAAACCAAGGGCACAACUACAACUACUCCACCUACACUGACUACAGACCACCUCAACCUUUUCCUCCGACACAGUCUGCUUCCUCCUCCUCCCCCUCUUCCUCUGGGACACGCACUGCUUCAGGUUUUGGAGGAACCAAGAGAAGAUAAGGAGUGCGGUGGACGUAGCGGUGAACCGACCUACUCUUCGGGCGUGCAGAGUGCAAAACUAGCACGGAGGAGGACGUCUUUCGUAUUUUUUAUAACAGUUUGUAAUGGUUUAAUUUAGGUUGUCCGAUAUCAAACUUUUGCCGAUAUAGUCCGAUUCCGAUAUCAACCAAUACCGAUAUAUGUAGCCAUUUGGGUUAAAGCAGUGGUUCUCAAUAAUUUUGUCAUGCCCCCCCCUCCACUCUCUGACCCACUCCCCGGCGAAUUGAAAUACUUUUG